AUGGCACCAUAUGAGGCGCUUUAUGGGAGGCCGUGCAAAACACAUUUAUGCUGGACCGAAGCUGGAGAAAGAAGAGAGUUUGGACCCGAAAUUGUAGAAGAGACGAUGAAAAAGUUGGAGAUCAUUCAAACCAAUAUGAAGAAAGCGCCGGACAGACAAAAGAAGUACGAUGAUCAAUCAAGGAGAGAAAUGGUGUUCAGUAUUGUGUCAGCUCAGAAAGGAAAGGAGAGAUUCAGGAAGAUCGGGAAACUAGCGGUAAGAUUCAUUGGGCCUUACCAGAUUAUACAACGAAUCGGAGAGGUAGCUUAUCGUCUAAACCUACCUGGAGAGAUGCAAAUACAUCUGGUAUUUCACGUAUCAAUGUUGCGGAAACAUGUUCAUGAUCCCAACGCUAUUGAGACAGAGCAAAUUGAAAACCUGCAAACAAACCUCACUUAUCUAGAGGGACCAAUCCGAAUAGGUGAACGUCGGAUACGAAGAUUGAAGAAUCGAGAAAUUCCUCAAGUCCAAGUUUUCUGGGGUAAUCGGAACCGUGUAGUUGUGACCUGGGAGGAUGAAUCAAGAUUCAAAGCAUUGCAUCUAGAGUUCUUCCACGAAGAUGUAGUGAUGGAAGAAGGGGGAUCACCGUCUAAUACGGGGAGGAGGAUGUAA